UAGUUAGGUUGUCAGUCCUCGUUGCUUGGAUUUUGUGGCUGCAGUGGGAGGUUGGUAGUAAAGAAGAUCGGGAAGGCCGAUGAAGAAUCAGACGACCGAGGAGUGGUGUGCAACGCCCUCCAGAGAAGACUCAGAGGUCGAGAUCUAAGAUUAAAGGAGCCACGAAUAAGGUCGGCGAACCGGAUUUGGCCCGAAAGCCGACCUGAAUUGAGAGUGAGAGGUUAUCGGGAUUAAAGGAAGGUGAGAGGGGGGAAAAGGCGUCCGCGGCGGCUCCUCUCCCUGCUAGGUGGGCGGGAGACGCAGGGUUUUCCGAAAGCAGUAGCGAGUGGGGACUCUGGAGGAGUGCUGAAAAAGAGGAUGACUCUGGAAUCCAUGAUGGCGUGUUGCCUGAGCGAUGAGGUGAAAGAAUCCAAACGGAUCAACGCCGAGAUUGAGAAGCAGCUGCGACGUGACAAGCGGGAUGCCCGGAGGGAACUGAAACUGCUCCUACUGGGAACUGGAGAAAGUGGGAAGAGCACAUUUAUUAAACAAAUGAGAAUAAUUCAUGGCUCUGGCUAUUCAGAAGAGGACAAGAGAGGUUUCACGAAGUUGGUAUAUCAGAACAUCUUUACUGCAAUGCAGUCUAUGAUCAGGGCCAUGGAGACACUGAAGAUCCUUUUCAAGCACGAGCAGAAUAAGGCCAAUGCCUUACUGAUUUGGGAGGUGGACAUAGAAAAAAUCACAGCAUUUGAGCAGCCGUAUGUAAAUGCAAUUAAGACUUUAUGGAAUGACCCUGGAAUCCAGGAGUGUUAUGACAGAAGGCGGGAAUAUCAGCUCUCUGAUUCAGCUAAAUACUACCUUAUGGAUGUAGAUCGUAUUGCUACCCCAGGAUACUUACCCACUCAACAAGAUGUGCUUCGAGUUCGAGUCCCCACGACUGGAAUCAUAGAGUACCCUUUUGACCUGGAGAAUAUCAUUUUUAGAAUGGUGGAUGUUGGCGGUCAGAGAUCUGAGCGGAGAAAGUGGAUCCACUGCUUUGAAAACGUGACCUCCAUUAUGUUUUUAGUAGCCCUUAGUGAAUAUGAUCAAGUUUUAGUGGAGUCGGAUAAUGAGAACCGAAUGGAGGAGAGUAAAGCCCUUUUUCGAACCAUUAUUACCUACCCUUGGUUCCAAAAUUCCUCAGUCAUCCUCUUCCUCAACAAAAAAGACCUGCUGGAAGAUAAGAUUUUGUAUUCUCACCUUGUGGACUAUUUCCCAGAGUUUGAUGGUCCUCAAAGGGAUGCCCAAGCUGCCAGAGAGUUUAUCCUGAAGAUGUUUGUGGAUUUAAACCCAGACAGUGAUAAAAUCAUCUAUUCUCACUUCACAUGUGCCACAGACACAGAGAACAUCCGUUUCGUUUUUGCUGCUGUCAAGGACACCAUUCUGCAGCUCAACCUGAAAGAAUAUAACUUGGUUUGAUCUCAUUCAUUUCUCAGGAGACCUCAAUGUGUUAAAAAAUGGGGAAUAAUUACAAAAAUUUCCUUUGUUUUAAAUGAUGUGAUUAUUUUAAAUUGUCUUAAAGAGGAGUAGCUAGUUCUGUGUAUCCUGGUUCUUAUUCUGUUCAUAAAUAGUUGCUUUUUUCAUACUUCCAUGAGGCUUUUAUUUCAUAAUUAUCUGUGAAUGCACUUAAAUCUCCACAUAUUUUGCUAAGGGCAAAGAAGGGCUUCUUUUGGGUUUGAUUUUUUUUAACCUAGGACAGACUUAGAUUCUUUUGCUUUUCAUUCCCAAUAUCACUUUGCUCCAAUCACAUUUUAUUAAUUCCUGAGAAGGAAUGUACUAUAUCUUACUUCCCUAAUCAAUCACUCAGCCAGUGGUAUUUGUUGAGAGCUUACUGUAGGCAGAGCACUAUACUAAGCACUUGGGAAGAGCACACUGUAGCAGCGUUGGUAGACAUGUUACCUACCCACAACUAGCAGACAGUCUAAGAUGUCAUUUAUCCCCCAUAGGGAGGAGUGUCAUGUAAUUCUCCCUAUCUUCUCUCUCCCCCUCAAUCUGUCUGGGCUCCCCUGAGUCUGAAAGAACAUGGAACCCCUGCACAAGGUAAUAUAAUACUCAAAGAACUUCUGUUGUGAGCGUCAUUUUCUGUGUCUGUGUCCCUCAAUAUUAACCUCAAAAAAUAGUUGAAAAGCAUGCUGUAAGUAUAUUUUUUUGUUUUGUUUUAAACUGAUGCUCCACUUGAUAUUUUCUUUUGUCUGGUAAAGUUGGGAGCUUUUUGUCACUAGGAAAAGAUUCUAUUUCUAAAAUACUGAAAUCUCCUGUUGUUUAGAAGCUUUCACACUCUCUUUCUUAACUGGAGAAUUGCUGCCAACAGUCAAUUGAUCUUAUUUAUUGAGCACUUACUACGUUCAGAGCACUGUACUAAGCACUUGGGAGAUUACAGUACAGUAGAAUUAGUAGACACAUUCCCUUCCCAUAACAAGCUUACAGUAAUAUACAGGUGACUUCUCCUACCUAAAGCAAAUAUAGAGGUAUUCAUUUCCAAAGUCUAAUUGUUGUGUAGAAUUCUAGAAGUUUCUCAGCCUUGUUUUUGUGUUGAUUCUUUAGCUUACUGGAAAAGGGAAUAUUAUUUGUCCUCACGUUUUUGUGUAUUUUUAAGAAGGCUAUGAUACCUCCAUGAUUAGAUUUUUUGAAUCCAUGCAUCAAGAUAGUGAGAUAGACAUAGGAGUAGUGAAAAUUUGGGUUUGACAUAUUGUGGGCUGGAAAUCUCCUCAAGUAAAACCAAAAGACCAUAAAUACAGAAGAAAUUCUUAACGUAGAGGUGCGUGUAGUGGAUUUAUCUUCCAUUAUGUCACCAUUAUGGGGUCGUAUACAUACUGCCAAAUUACAGGUUUGACCAGAAAUAGAGUGUUCGAAAGGAGAGAUGAAAGGGUAGUCUCUUUCCCCAAGAACCUAGCUGCCAAAACAAACUGAGGCCUUGUGGCUUUAAUCCAGAUUGAGUUUGUGUGCCAAAAGCUAUUCCAGAUGUAAAAACUACCCUGGAUCAAACACCUAUGGCUAGCACAAAAGAUUAAACAUUCUCAUUUGGCUACAUUGAGCCCAAAUGACCUGGUUGAGCUGAGUGCUUGCAGACCUGAUUAAACAUUCCCAAACACUUUAGAAUGGCGGAGCCCUUAUUUUGUUCUAAAUAGUUACAUUUUACUAUUUGAUAUUUCACCAAAAGAAUAUUUUUUAACAAGUAGUGAGUGCUCACUGUGUUCAGAGCACAGCAUUAAGUACUUGGGAGAGUAGAGUACAUUGGUGUAAUUACUACACCAAAGGAAUUUAAAAUCUAGCACAGGAGAUAGUCAUUAAAGUACAUUAUUUGAAAGAGAAAGCAGCCUAAUAUAAAGAUAUGUACUUGUACUUCCCAAGCACUUAGUACAGUGCUCUGCACACAGUAAGUGCCCAAUAAAUACGAUUGAAAGAAUAUGUAUCUAAGGACUAAGGUGGUGAGGGCACUGGGGUUAGUAACAUAAUUGCUUGAGGAGUAAGGACGUAAGUGCAUAUGUGGUGCAGCAGGGAGUGAAAUAGCACUGAGAUAUGAAAGAUAACAGUUGUGAUUUUUGUUAAGCACUUUACUCUAUGCCUAACACUAUACUAAACACUGGGGUAGAUAAAC